AUGUCUAGCACUGCUGUACUCGUAUUUCGCAUCCUCGCCGGCAUGGCGACAGUCUGCAUGGUCUCCAGUCCAUCGCUGCUCAUGUACCGCAUCCACCAACAGAAACACGUCGGUGUCGCUUCUGUAUUUCCUCUCGCUGCACUUCUAGCAAACUCCCACGUCUGGAUGAUGUACGGCUACAUUGAGGGUAUGUGGUUCCCUGUCUUCGCGUGUUUCCUGUACGGCGAGUGCUGCGCCGUCGUGUUCCUGUGCGUAUACACCUACUACAGCUCGGACAAGCGCUACGUCGCCCUCAACUAA